GCGCGAGCGCGGAUUUAAAAAUUAAAUUUUUGUUCUCGUUUCUCGAAUACUACAGUAUCUAUUUACAUAAUAUUAUUUUAAUAACUGUUAAAUUUAAUAUAUAUAUUUUUUUGAAAUGUUUAUUUUACAAAUACGCUAUUAACUUUUAUAUGUUAUAUUUUGUUUACAAAUUUAAAAUGAACAAAAUUAACUUGACAAACAUUACAAAUAAUGAAAUAUUUACUUAUUCAACUAUUUUGAUUAAAGGAUUUGUCGACAUACAUGACGAAUCGAAUAUAAUACUUAAGCAUUACUCAAACAAUGGUAAACAGCUGGCAGAAUCUCGCUGGGCAGUUAAUAAAAAUAAAUUUAAAAUAAUAAUAGAGUUAAAAAUUGGUGAUAAUAUGUUGGUUUUUAAAAUUGCCAAUGAAGUCUUACACACAAAAUUAGUAUACAAACAAAGAGUUACUAACUACACCGUGUGUCCAGUUUAUGUAAUUUGCGCUGAUCAUGAUGGUAGAUUCCAGGCCCCCGUGGAUCAUGACAAUUCUGUUCAGAACGCUUGCACUAAAAUAACAUUAUGCUCCAAAUUGAUUCAAAUGUUAACAGCUGAAAAAAUGUAUGAAAAAGGUUUUGGAAAGAAAACAUUUCAAGUUGAAAAGGAAUGUCGUAUAAUUAAAAGCUCCUUAACAAGACGUACAGUAUUUAAUAUGCACCCUGAAAAAUUAUGGGAGUUUAUAGCUAGGGAGUUAACUAAUGGACAAAAUUCUAAAACUAGAAAAUAUUUAGCCUUCCUAUCAUGUACUUAUUGGGAUGGACAGAAUUUACAUGGGCAUGUUGCAUUGGGUGGUGGUGGACUGGCAUUAUUUGGAACAGGUUGUCUCUACACUUGGCCUAGCAAGUUAGAGGAAGUUUUACCAUGUUUUAUGAACAUGGCAAAAGUCGAUACUGGCUCAUUAUUGGAUGACAGCUGUUUCAGAGGAAAUUUUGGUGGAUGCUUUAGCACAACCUUAGGUUCUGUGUGGCAUGAAUUGGGACAUACAUUUGAUUUAGGCCAUUCAAAAUAUGGCAUAAUGGGAAGAGGAUUUGAUAAUGUUCAUUUAAUUUUUACAUUGGACAAUAAAAAUAUUGCUCAAGAAAUAAAGCCAGCUAACAAAGGAUAUAUAAUUUGUAUUGAAAAUUAUUCAAAUACAAUUAAUAUGAAGGAUGAUAUGUCUAAUAAUAACAAUACAAAUGGAAAUGAAGCAAUAGAUGAAUAUGAUUCAAAACACAUAAUAUGUUGGUCUAUGGGAUGUGCAUCAAUACUUUCCUUUCAUAAAUGGUUUAAUGAUUUCAAAGAAGAAAACAACAAUGAAAACACAAUUGAUUAUGUAGCAAAAAGAAAUUUAUUGACUUCAAGAAAUGGCUUAAGAGUAGUUCAAUUAAGGAGAGAGGACGGACUUGUCAUGCAUUCAUGGGAAUUCGUUAAAAAUAAUAACAAACGUACAUUUAUUCUACCAGUACAGUUAGCAAAUAACGGUAUAACUAUUAUUGCUGAAGAUUCUUGUGGAAAUAUCUUAAAACAUUUACUUUAAUUUUCAUUAUAUUUUGAGUAAAAGUAAUUAAUUAAUAUUUUAAAAACUAUGUUUUAAAUUUAGUAGUUUAAAAUACUUUUUGAUUAAUUUUCAUAAGUUAAUUGCUUUUUAAAUAUAAAUUUAUAUCUGAAAAUGAUAACUUUUUUAUCAUACUAGUACUUUAAAAUCUUAAUGAAGAAUUUAUUUUAGACUGUAUAUUUUGUGCCAUUUUAAAAUUUUAUAUUUAUUUGAGUUAUCAAUUUAACAAUUUAAAAUAACCUGUUAUAAUUAAAUGUUAAACACGGUUAACUUUGAUUAAUUAUAUUUUUAUAGUUGAGUUAGAUUAGAAGUUAUAAAAUCAGUUUACAGAGAUCUCAGAAAUCUAGAUUGUUUGUAUUAAUAAUAAAAUAAUAUAUUUAUGUAUAUUUAUAAUAUACAUAUCUAGGACUUGGAACUUGAUAUGCUAAAAUUAAAUUAUUAAAAAUUCAUAAUAUUGUAUAAGCUUGCUGAAAAUAAAUUAUUAGCUUAUAUGCAUUUAUGAGCAAGGAAUAAUCAAUAUGCAUGAUUAUUUGAAGCUCUAUAAUAUGCAAAAAUAUACAUUUUCUUUUUAUUAGUAUUUUUUAUUAUUUUGGACUUUGACUUGUAUACUCACCUGCAAAUAAAGAGUAGAUAAAAUUAAAACAAAAUAAUGUAUAUGAAACAAUUAAAGGGAUAUAUGAAAAUAUAGAUAUUUAAAUUAUCAUUUGAAAACCUUCAAUGAGUGUAAAUUAAUUAUAUUAAUAGGAUUUGAGAUGGGUGUACCUAUUUUAAACUUCUAAAAUGAAGUAGAAUUGAGUUGAACCAAAUCCAGAUUUUGAAUAAUAUAUUAUUUAGUUCCAAGCCCUAUACAAAAUUUUAAUUUAGUUCCUAUAUUUAUUUGAAAAAUAAAUUACUCAAGUUAGUAUUAAUUAUGAAUGACAUUUAAUAUAUAUUUAAUAUGUAUUCAUUACUCGUGAAUGCUAUUUAAGAAAUAAAAAUAAUUUUUAGAUUAUGCUAAUGAAUUAUUUUCACGAUAAGAUAGUAUAAAUGAUUAACUAUUUAGACAUUUCUUUAUGAACAAAUUUGUAAAACAAUAUUGAAAUUAAUUUUUUUAACAAUUACUUGUAGUUAAUUUAUAAUGAACCAUUUUAAUUGGAAAUUCUGUUAUUCAUUUAUAUAAUUGUAAUUGUUGGAUAAGUAGUUAAAUAAUUUUUAUUCUAUAUUAUGUAUAAAGUAAUUAUGUUAUUUUAAAAUUUAAAAUCAUAUAAUGUUCUUAUGUUACAUUUUAAUCUACUAUUGUUAUUUAUUAUUGAAAACUAUUGUCUUAUUAGUUAUUAUUAAUUUAUGAUAGUAGCUAAGUACUUGAUUUAAUUUACAAAUUGAUUAUGAAAAUUAAUUUUGUUUUGAACUGAAAUUGAUACUUACCUACCUAUUUUUCUUAUGCUCACUUAUUUAUACUCUUAGGUAAAUAUAUUUUU